GUCCCUCCCCCUCCGGCCGCGGUCGCAAUUACGCUCUCUGCGGCCUGCAGUUCACGGAUUGCUGCCGGCCGAAGACGCAGCGCCAACCGGGACCAGAGGACGUUUAGGCUAAAAGGGUGAGCCAGCCAGGAUCCCGGGACUUUUCACAGCUUGAGACCCGCGAAAGGAAAUGAAACAGGCGGGAACCGGCGGGGGAGGGAGGAAACUAGCGGAAGGUGUCAUGGCGGCCGCGCUCUGGGUCACGUGCCCGGCAGGCCCGCCUUGGUACUUCCGGUCACGUGCCCUCAGAGUCCUCGCAGCCAGCGAUGGAGGCGAGACCCCCCAGUAACAGAGGCGGUGGCGACGGCGGUGGCUACUGGGUUUCAGCGUCUUCCCGGCAGCGUCUCUAAGAAGCGCAGCGGAACUCGACCCGACUCAGCCCAGUUACUUUAUUCCCUGCCCAAGGCCGUAGCUUCCACCUGUUAGCACUUUCUAGGCAUCAUGGCAACUUCAUCUGAAGAAGUUUUGCUGAUUGUGAAGAAGGUGCGACAGAAGAAGCAGGAUGGAGCUUUAUACCUCAUGGCAGAAAGAAUCGCUUGGGCACCUGAAGGCAAAGAUAGAUUUACAAUCAGCCAUAUGUAUGCAGAUAUUAAAUGCCAGAAAAUCAGUCCAGAAGGAAAAGCUAAAAUUCAGCUUCAGCUGGUGUUGCAUGCAGGGGACACAACUAACUUCCAUUUUUCCAAUGAAAGCACAGCCGUGAAAGAGCGAGAUGCAGUAAAAGACCUUCUUCAGCAGCUGCUGCCCAAAUUCAAGAGGAAAGCAAAUAAAGAGUUGGAAGAGAAAAACAGAAUGCUGCAAGAAGAUCCUGUUUUGUUUCAGCUUUAUAAAGACCUUGUUGUGAGUCAAGUGAUCAGUGCUGAGGAAUUCUGGGCCAAUCGUUUAAAUGUGAAUGCAACAGAGAGUUCUACAUCCAAUCAUAAGCAAGAUGUUGGCAUUUCUGCAGCAUUUCUGGCUGAUGUCCGGCCCCAAACGGAUGGAUGCAAUGGUCUGAGAUACAAUUUAACUUCUGAUAUCAUUGAGUCCAUAUUUAGGACCUAUCCAGCAGUAAAAAUGAAAUAUGCCGAAAAUGUUCCCCACAACAUGACAGAAAAGGAAUUUUGGACACGUUUCUUUCAGUCCCACUAUUUUCAUAGGGACCGGCUGAAUACAGGGUCAAAGGACCUCUUUGCAGAAUGUGCCAAAAUAGAUGAAAAAGGGUUAAAAACAAUGGUUUCAUUAGGAGUAAAAAACCCAUUACUUGAUUUGACAGCUUUGGAAGAUAAAUCAUUAGAUGAGGGCUAUGGCAUUUCUUCCAUGCCAUCUACUUCUAAUUCUAAGUCCAUAAAGGAGAAUAGUAAUGCUGCCAUCAUCAAGAGGUUUAACCAUCACAGUGCCAUGGUCCUGGCAGCAGGUCUCAGGAAACAAGAAGCACAAAAUGAACAAAAUGGUGAGCCCAGCAGCAUCGAUGGAAAUUCUGGAGAUGCAGAUUGCUUCCAGCCAGCAGUCAAAAGGGCAAAGUUGCAAGAGUCUAUUGAAUAUGAAGACUUGGGGAAAAAUAAUUCCAUAAAAACGAUUGCACUAAACCUCAAGAAGUCAGAUAGGUAUUAUCACGGUCCAACUCCAAUCCAGUCACUACAGUAUGCAACAAGUCAGGACAUUAUUAAUUCUUUUCAAAGUAUUAGGCAAGAAAUGGAAGCUUAUACACCCAAAUUAACUCAGGUUCUCUCAAGUAGCGCUGCCAGUAGUACCAUCACAACGCUGUCACCCGGAGGAGCACUUAUGCAGGGAGGGACCCAGCAAGCCAUAAACCAGAUGGUGCCAAAUGAUAUUCAGUCUGAAUUGAAACACCUUUAUGUGGCUGUUGGGGAACUUCUACGGCACUUCUGGUCCUGCUUCCCUGUUAAUACGCCAUUCCUAGAAGAAAAGGUAGUAAAAAUGAAAAGUAAUUUGGAACGAUUUCAAGUUACGAAACUCUGCCCAUUCCAAGAAAAAAUUCGGAGACAGUAUUUAAGCACAAAUUUGGUAAGUCACAUAGAAGAGAUGCUGCAGACCGCCUACAACAAGCUCCACAAGUGGCAGUCACGGCGUCUCAUGAAGAAAACGUGAAGGAUCGGUGGCUCUCGCAAGUUUUUGUGAAAUUGAGAGAACUGUGACCUGCAGUGACUCUAGAAACCUGGCCUGAGACAUGCCAGUGAUCACACAGAAGUGACGAACGUCUGAACCACGCCAACUCUUGGAGCUGAUGCUGUUGUACUUGCACAUUGUGACCUGAAAGGAAAGGAACUGUGACUAAACUCAAAGCUGGGGAGGUAAAUUAAGGCAGAACCAAAAUGAGCUAAGUUGCAGAUACAUACGUACGUGUGUGUGUGUGUGUGUGUACACACACACACACACACACACACGUUUAUCUUAAAGAGACACUGUUUACUGCAGUUACUCAGGAACUGCUUUUGAUUCACAUUAAGCUGCUUUCAGAAAUUUAAAAAAAAAAAAACUUUUUAAAAGGGUGCAUUGAUAAAAUCUUAGGUGUUUUUUUUUUUCCUUUGUAAAUUUUUUUCCUAAGUUUAUGGCACAGGGUACACCUUAAGUAUUUCUCCUCCAUCCUCCACUUGGAUCCUCAAGCUGUACUGAAUUCUAGUUGUCCCUUACAUCAGCAGGUUAAGAGAGUACUUUCAAGUAAAGCAGAAGGAGACUGUUGCUUAACCAUCAGGAAACAGUUAUAGUCAGAAGACAUCAUUGGUCCUGUGUUUCCUACGGAAAUAAGAAACAAUAAAUGUUGCACUGAAUGUUUGUGGUUUGGAGUCCCUAAAUGAUUAAGAGGGAACAUAUUUGCAGAAAGUUGCGUGGGGGGUUUUUAUGCAGAAUUUUGUCAGAAGACAAUGGCGCUGCAUGUUUUUCUUUGAGUGCAAAUGUACAUUGCUAAGAUUUUUUUUUUAAGAUGGCAUGUGCUUUGAAAAGAGGAAAUUGCAUUUUUAAGAGUUUAAAAAUCUUAUGAGUGAGAAAUAUAAGAAAUCUUACUUAUUUUCACCUCUUUAGAAAAAAAUAAAAGAUGUUUCUCAUAUC